UGCUCGUCGGAUUCGUUCUCUCUACGACGCCCUCGACUUCGUCGUUUGGGAGGAGCCGGGCUGUUCAUUUCAUCUCAUGGACUUUCCGUCGCAGGACCCAGAACCGUCCGCGCCGGCGUCUCGAGCGCUGGCGGGCCCUUCAAGGACCAAGCCCGAUGCUCGUCGUCAGGCGAGGACUUCCUCUCUGAAACCCUACGCCAGGCCGCCGCCGCCGUUGCCGACGUCUUCUUCGUCGUCGUCGUCGGCCAAUUUCAUUCGUUCCUCCUCAUCGUCAUCAAACGCGGCAUUGGCAAAUAGCUUGAAAUCCGACGAAAAGGACCAAGGCCGACGUGGGAGUAGCAGGGGAGGUGGGGGCGGUCUCUUCAGCAGUCUUCGGCAGGCCAUAUUCUCCAGACCUCUCAGCUGGUUGCAGGGUGGCGCAUCUCAAUCGGACACCGGCGAUCUCAACCGAUCUUCCAGCAGUAGCUCCUUGCCAUCGACUGAGCAAAGGGAGGCGGCCACUAGGCUCGCCGCGCGCCAUCAUGCGACGGACCCCGAGGCACACCGCACGUCGCUCCCGAGCUCUUUGACACAAGGCCAGCCAGCUCCCCAAGCAAGACUGGCUACCACCCCUGAUCGGUUCAACGUGAGAGCGGCCAAUCGGCCGUGGCAGGCACGCUCGGCCGGAGACGCGGUACGCAGUGGGCGCUCACCUUCCCCAGCGGCUAUGUCGUCGACGAGCGGCAGCGUCAGACAACGCGUGUCUCUUGGUGCAGGAGCAGGAGGUGCAGCAGGUUCCUCAGCAGGAGGACUGUUCGGCACACCCCCGAGCCUGACGCCAGGCUAUCGACGUACCGGCUCGCUUCGACGCGAGGGAAGCGUCGGCGCCCCUCCCUCAAUCUCGGCGAGCCAGAGCCACACCCCUGCGCUUUCGUACGGUUUCGGCUCAGAGCGACGAUAUACCCAGCUCAGCUCGGCGGGCAGUGCCUAUGGUUCAAUGACGCCCUCGAAGACAGCUCCGUCCAACACGGCCUCGUCUAGCCACUAUCGGCUCCCCUCGCGAAGCCCAUUGGCUAGACCGGGCCAGAGGGGCUCCGUUGGACCAGGUGCAGGCUAUGCUGCAUCGGAAGCGGGUGCCAGCCCCCUGGCAAGAUCAGCUGGUCUCUAUGCAGGCGGUUCGAGGCCGGGGAGCGUAUAUGGCGGCUCGCUCCUGGGCGGACCCAGGCAGUCGGUCGCGGGUUCGGUGGCAGGGAGCAAUGCGAGCAUGACGCCCAGGCGGAAACAGUGGAGUAGCCUCAAGCUCGGUCCUCAACGGAUGGAGGCGUCCGAAGGCGAAGAGCUCAUGCGAGAAUAUGCUUCCAUGCGCGAAAGACAGGGUCUUCAGACGGCUGGUCAAGGACCUGGCUCUUCACGAGCAGGAAGUGUCAUGGAUGGCGUCCACGACUUUAUGAGGCCGUUGAAAAGAGAGGCAGCAGCUAUGAGCAUGGAUCUGGACGACGAUGCCAUGAGCAGUGCGAGCGGGAGGAAGAGGCAGAAGCGAUUCGUCUGGGACUCGGACAUGGGCUUCGUGAGCCGCGACGAGCAGCGAGCUCGGCAGCAGCCGCCCAGGCCUGUUGCGCAGAACGAAGCAGAGAGGAUCCUCAAUGUUCUUGAGAGCAUGAGAACGCCGCUCGGUGAUGCGAGGAGGGACGCCAGCGCGAGGUCUUCAAUGACUCCAUCGCGACAUAUGGCCGCUGUCCCGGUGCCCUUGCCCGUCGCCGAGCGAUCCAUGCGCGAACGAGAUGCUGCAUCGAAGACCCUUGCGCCUUACUCUCGCACAAUCAAGCAGAAUAGACUCUCGACUUCUCUGGCCUCUGCCGAAGCGCCCGAGGGUAUGCGUGCUCGGCUUCGAAGGUCUGCCCCAGCAGCGGCUAUACCAAAGAGGGAUUCGACCACCAGGAAGAAGCGAGAGGAGGAUGCGAUGUCGGAAUCUAGCGAUCGGCAAGUAAGCGACGAGGGUAAUCAGAUGGAUGACGAGGUUGGGAACGAGGUGGAGGAAGAGAAAGAAGAAGAGGAAGAGAUUGUCGAACCGCCCAGGAGAAGAUCGGCGAGAACUGUUGUAAAGACGAAGCAGCAAAGCCAAGAGCUAGGAAAAGCAACGCCUGAUGCAAGCGGAAGAAGUUUGCGCCCAACAAACAAGGUCGAUGCCAAGCCGGCAGAGAACCCCGCAUCCAAGGCAAUGUCAAAAGCCCGGCCGCGCUUUUCCGUCAAUGGUGCGUCGGCUGCACGACGGGAACGAGAGACAAAUGUCGACGAUUCUUCAAGUACUACUGCCGCUACCAAAGAUUCACAAAAAGCAUCGCAAAGUCUCUUUGGAACGGGUGCGACAUCGGCGAGUGCGUCAACGCCCUCCAAGGACAAUUUUUCGAUUCGUUCAGGCUCGGACACUGGUUCCAGCCGGGGCCGAUCGAGCCUUCGUCAGGGCGCCGAGAAGACGUCGAGGCAGCACGUCAAGUCUGGACGGAUAUCGGCGUGGGACAUGGAGGACGACGAUGAUGAAGACGACGGACUUCCCGGAUCUGAGGAUCUGAGCAAGAUCAAGCUGCCGCCAACGAUGUUUCCCAAGGGCUUCUCUUUUGGUGCUUCCUCUUCGACGUCGACUGCCUCAACGUCGACUCCGGUCACCUCAUCUGACUCGGCGUUCAAGGCAUCUUCGACAGCAACGCAAAAGGACGGAGAAGCGCAAGAAUCCAGGGAUGAAACAAAGGCCCUUCCUGCUCCGCAAGAUGUGACGGAGAAGAAGGAGCUGAAAUCUGCAGAGCCUGCGGAUAAAGAGCCUCCAUCUCUCUUGAGUAGACUCGGAGGCUUUGCUCCUCCAGCUCCCUCGGAUUCCACCACGCCUAAGAAAGAUCCACCACCCACUUUCUCGUUCAACGCGCCAAGCACUUCAGACAACAAGGAAGCAAAAGCCCCCAUGUUCUCGACGUCUGUCGCACCGUCUCAGUCUGAGGCCAAGUCUCCAUUUUCCUUUGCGCCAGCCAAGCCCGCAGCCAAUACGUCCUCGAUGGGCUCUGACUUUUUCAAAGCUGGCCCUGCAUCUUCAUCGCCUACUCCGUCGCCGUCUACCGAGCCAGCGGCAGCCAAGCAGGAUGGACCUAUACCCAACUUUUUCGCUUCAUCUUUGGCCAGGUCGGAAGCGCCUAGCAGCGGAGGAGCAGAAGCUCAAGCGCGACCCUCGAGUGAUGGGAGUGCAAGCGAAUCCUCUCACCUGGACAAGGCGGCUUCGACUGGUGGUGAGAAGAAAAAUGCUCCCUUCAGCUUUGGUACACCUUCUUCCUCUUCGCCUGCGGCCACGACUGAGCCAAAGGCUCCAAUGCCCUUUUCCUUCGGCCAACCGUCUUCGUCUUCCUCCAAUCCGUCAGCGUCGACGUCGACUCCUUCCUUUGCCGGCUUUGGAAACGGAAGAUCAUCUGCCAAACGGGGUGCAGAAGACGAUAGUGAAGGGGCAGAGGAGCCUGGUGCGAAAAAGACGGCAUCGCCAUUCGGAGGAGGCAUCAAUUUUGGCCAGCCUGCCUCAUCAGCUUCUUCCGAAAAGCCAAGUCAUCCUUCGUCUUUCACAUUCGGAGCUCCUGCGUCUGACAAGGGCAAGCCUGCUGUAUCUGCAGCGCCAGCUGUGACCCCUAGCGCAGCAUUCAGCUUCGGACAGCCGCCCAAGCCUGCCGAAGGAGGUGAUUCUACCAAGAAGGUACCGACGCCGGCUUUCAGCUUUGGUGCAACCGCAUCGCAGCCCAAAAGCGGUGAGGCCUCAUCAAAGGAGGCAUCUCCCGCGCCGAGCUCGGGCGAUUCAGGUGGCCUCUUUUCGAAACCGGUGCAGCAGGAAGCUCCUAAGCCGUUCUCAUUUGGACAGCCGGCAUCCAACGGUAACGCCUUUGGCGGCGGCGCGAGCCGCAACGAUAUGAUGGACAGCGCACCUUCUGGUUUCGGGACUGCCAAGCCUUCGGCAGCACCAGCCAGCAACAGUAGCGGAGGCUUCUCCUUCGGUGCUCCUGUCAGCUCUGCCGCACCAGUGACGUCGGCUCCCAGUGCCUCGACUUCAGUCUCAUCUCCAUUCAGCUUCGGCGUCGCAGCGUCUUCCAAUUCCCCCAGUAAUCCGUUUGGGGGCAACGCGACGACUUCGUCGCAGCCUCAGACGCCCGCAUUUGGCGCUGUUUCGGGAACUGGGUCCGACAACAAAGGCGGAGGAAGCGGCUUCUCCUUCGGCCAGCAGCCAUCCAACAACAGUGGCGCCAAUGGUUCCGGCUUUGGAGCUCCGGCUUCUUCAUCGCCCUUUGCCUUUGGGGCAAAGACUGGAGGCUUCGGAGCGGGGACAACGCCUACUACCUCGCAGCCUUCGACUCCUGGCUUCGCCUUUGGAGCGGCAGAUACCAGCCGGCCAGGGACACCCAGCUCUGCAUCCCAGAGUGGCUUCUCCUUCGGACCUCAGCCCCAGCAGCAGCAGAGCAGCACACCUGGAGGGAGCGGUUUCACCUUCAGCAUGCAGCCUAGCAACUCGUCGUCUGGUGUGUCCCAGGGCGGUUUCGGGGCCGGUGGAGGUGCCGGGGGCCAGUCAUCACCUGCACCCUUUGUCUUUGGUCAGCAGCCGGGCCAGCCCUUGCAACCUCAGCAGCAGCCAGGCUCAUCAGGGGGUUUCUCCUUCGGAGCCAAUGCAUCACCUGCACCGCAGACACCGCCGCCUGCCUCUCCUGCCGGUGGAACGCUAUUCAACCUAGGAGCGCCUCCUUCAGCUGGAUCCAACGCCUCUGGGGGCGCUGGUGGCAAUCGCGUGGUUCGUUCGAUGCCCAAGCGAGGUCCGAGACGGGGCUAGACGAUGCUCGGCCUCAGAUGUUCCUGCUCCUACCGCAUUGCAAUCACCACCCUCGAUCCUCAUCGUUCUCUAAAUAGCCACUUCCAUCACCUUAACUACAAUCUUCCAUCCCUUCCACACUCUACAAGAUCACCAAGUACGCAUGGAUGUAAGGGUCCCAUUGAAUAAUGUGAAAAGGAGAUCACCAGCAGCAACAUGC